UAAGAGUAAUCUGAUUUAGAUACGGAGUAUAAUAUAUAAUUGCCUUAUUAAUAAAGAAUAAUGCUAUAUCCCACACGUUACGGUUACAAUCAUAAAACACAAAUUCAUUUUGCGGAUUUAUUCAUGGAUUUCCUCAUUGAAUUUAACAUUAUACUCCGUGUUCUUUACAUUAGUUACGACUUUUGAAACUUCACAAGAAGACAAUUUAGAUUAAAACUUGCCUGAUUAUAGUCUCAUUUUAUGCAUAAAACGCCACAUAUCAUGUAAUUUGAGCAACCAUUCAAUGCUCUCAUGAACGUUUCAACUCAACUUGUCUUUCCAUUCUCCAUCUAUCUCACUUGAUCUCUUUCCCGCUUUAGCCAACUUGUCUACAUUCGUAUUCAUUCUAAUCGUUCCUCUAUCCUUUAUCCCAUAUAACAUAAAAAAGAAAAAAAAUCAACCUGAUAAUGGACCAUUAAUUAUAUGAGCAAGAUCCAAAAUUCUUCUAUUUCACACUUUGCUAUCCAAAUACCCAUGCCAAUCACCAAGUACCUUCCCAAGAACUUUUCAUACAUAAAAGCUCAAUUAGUGUGAGUAAUUUUCUCAUUUUCUUUCACCCCCUUGUAUAAACCUAACAUGUAUUCAACGGCUAAAAACUCUAUACAAUAAAAAUAAUACAAAGAAAAAUACUUUCAAACUUACUAGAAAAAGUAAAAUAAAACCCCAAAAAAAUUAACAAAAAAACCUUUUCCUCUCCUCCUAUUCCAUCGCCAACAAAAACAAAAUUAAACCAUUUUCAUUUUUCAAUACAAUUUUUUUCUUCAUUAAUUUCAUUUUUUUCCCCCAAUUUUUUCACAAUUACAAUGCAAUUUCUUACAAUCAUGAGCUCCACCACCACCGCCACCACCAAAACCCCACCUCCCACCACCUCAAUUUUCUGAAAAUCCACCCAAAAUUCCGGGUCAAAAUCACCCGACCCACAUAAUUUCCACCCCAUUAAACCAAAAUAAAACACAAACCCAGUUGAAAAUGGCACCUUUUAGCCUAACCCAGAAGCAACUUCCGAUCAAUGGAUCGGUUCAUCGGACGGCGGCACCAUCUCCGGCGAGCUCAUCAUCGGAGACGACAAAGAAAGAACGAAAAUACAAAACAAUGGCGGAGAUUUAUGCAAAAGCAAAGUAUGCAGUAGUAGAAAAAGAAGAUUAUUCGGAUGUAAAAUGCGAGGAAUGUGGCUCCGGUGAUGGUGAAAUGGAGCUCUUGUUAUGUGACAAAUGUGACAAAGGCUUUCAUAUGAAUUGUGUCCGACCCAUCGUUACUCGGGUCCCAAUCGGAUCCUGGCUUUGCUCGUCUUGCUCCGGCCAGCCUCGAGUAAGAAGUUUGUCGCAGAGGAAGAUUAUAGACUUUUUUAGAAUUCAGAAGAGUAAGGGAGUGAAGUAUCAAUUUACUUCUUCUCAAGAUACCAAGAAGCGUCGAAGACGCCCUGGCACAUUGGUUUGCUAUAAGAAGAAAAAGAGGAGACUGCUGCCAUAUGUUCCAACUGAUGAUCCAGCUCAAAGGUUGGAACAGAUGGGUUCUCUAGCUAGAGCUUUGACUGCAUUAAAAAUGGAGUUCAGCAACGAUUUGACCUACUUGCCUGGGAUGGCUCCAAGAUCUGCUAAUCGGGCAAUAUUAGAAGAUGGAGGAAUGCAGGUACUGUCCAAAGAGGAUUAUGAGACAGUAAAACAGUGCAGAGCUAUGCUCAGAAGAGGCGAAUGCCCACCUCUAUUGGUAGUUUAUGACUCGUGUGAAGGGUACACUGUUCAGGCUGAUGCCCCGAUCAAGGAUAUGACAGUCUUAGCGGAAUAUGCUGGAGAUGUGGAUUUUAUAAAAAAUCGGGAGCGAGAUGACUGUGAUAGUUUGAUGACCCUUCUUCUCGCGACUGAUCCAUCUAAGAGUCUGGUUAUUUGUCCUGACCAGCGUGGAAAUAUUGCUCGGUUCAUCAGCGGCAUCAAUAACCAUACACCGGAAAGUAAGAAGAAACAGAAUCUUAAAUGUGUGAGGUAUGACGUCAAUGGUGAAUGCUGUGUCCUUCUAGUUGUCACCCGUGACAUUGCCAAGGGAGAGAGGCUGUACUAUGAUUACAAUGGGUAUGAGCAUGAGUAUCCGACUCAUCAUUUUAUUUGAAUUCUGAAGACUCCUGCACAGAGGCUAUCGUCUAAUUUGGAAUACAGAGACAUCCCUGUAGGUUCACCGGCUCCAUUUGAUGGUAAAUAAUCUUCAGGUUAUCAUUGAUGCACAGCCAAACAUUUUUUUUAUUCUCUUAGCAAGCUUCUUUUGCUCCCCUUCUCUAUUUUUUAGUGAAAGAAAUUUAUCCAGCCAAAUUUAUUAGAUUUUCUAGGGUAUUUUAGAGGUCCACAAUGUGGACUAGAAAACUAUAGAGCAGCAAAUUGUUUUUUUUUUUUUUUUAUAUUUUUUUUAUAGGAUUCUGAUUAUGAUGGAUGGUCUCUGGCUGGAACUCAAUUUUAAUGACCAUCCUGAUUUCGGACCACAGGAAAAAAUGAAAAUGAUUCAUUUUUCAUUCUAA